AUAUUCGUAGCUCCACCGUUUGCUCCGUUCUUUUCAAGUGUUUGGUUUUUCGCAUUUUCAGUAUUUCUGUUCGGCGCGUUCGUGAAGGUUGUUUCCAUUGUUGACUCUAAUUGUUUGCACUCACUUGUUCCAUAUGGUUGUGCUAGCUGUUGUUAUUAUCCAUUCCGUCUCCACCGCGCACUGCUGCCUCUGCUGAUUUUCCAACAAAACGCAAAUGCAAAAACUACUACAGUAACAACAACAUAGCGUAUUUAUUGCGGUAGCAGACACAAAAGGGAAGCUUAUCGAUUAGUUUUCCAUCGACAGCCAAACGAGUGAGCUGAGUGGAAAACAUUUUUAUUUGACGGUCAAUUGUGUAUCAAAAAAAAAAAGAAGAUGUAAAUGAAAACAAGUGCAAAAUGUUAUUGUUGUUUGUGCGCGUGGACGUAAUUGACGGCAAUUGAUGAAUGUUUUGCAGACGGAACGUUAGUUGGUCCAUUUCCCGUUCGGGACAACAGCGUAAAACGCCCAAAAGUGAUUUCUACUUUAACGCUUUAACGGUAUUGCAGUGCAUGUGAAUUGAGUCGAAAUUUAAAUAAAAUUUUGAUAUAAAAAAUAUAAAUAAAUAAAUUGUUAAAUAAGAGGUGGUAAAAAGGUGUAAAACAAAUGGCGGAAAUUUUGCAAAUAAAAAAAUCGGCAAAAAGCAAAAAUUAGCCAAGUGUCAACGAUAAGAGGCAAUACGUUAAACGGCGAACAGUGCAAAAAACAACGAAUGCGGAGCAACAACAUAAAGUGAAAAUUCCAAGAAAUAAGUGUAAUAGCAGAAAAAUCGACAAAAAUAAGAAUUUGUGGAAGUUAAAGAAAAUGAAUGAUAAAAAUUAGUGAUAACCUGCGAAAUUAGUGAAAAUGUGUCAUUUUUAGAAAAUCACUUUUGAAUUGAAAAGUCUAGUGCCAAAUAAAGCAAAGGUUUUGCAUCACAUCUGCUAUAAGCAGAUUAAAGCAAACACAGACCAAGCGGUGAGGUGACGCCGCAGCCGCAGCCGCCGCCUGUCUCUACUGCAGCAUAGCUAAAAUGUGGAUAUCAUCCAACAACAAAUACGGCGUUGCCAUACACAAUUGGCAUGGUGAUGUCCGUUAUGGUCUGCCGCUCGACGUGGGCGAUUCCGUUGAAAUUCUGGAAGAAUGCAAAAACUGGUUUCGUGGCACGUGUGCGCGCAAGUCACGCGCUGUCGGCAUCUUUCCCAAAACCUAUAUACACAUUAAGGAUCUUUCGAAAAUCGAUCCAGUUGUCGCCGAAUGUACACAAGUGCUGCGCGAAUGGUCGGAAAUAUGGAAGAAACUCUAUGUGGAUCGAGAAACUUACAAAUUCCACACAUUACGCAAGGUAAUGUUAUCCAUCUUGGAGUGCCGACGCGAGCUGUUAGGUGCCACACUGACGCAGGAUCAAACAUUGGAAUUGCAAACAUUGGUGGUUUCGCGCAUCGAUUGGGGUAAUCGAAAACUCGGUUUGGAUCAAGUGCCACGUAUCGGUCCACUAGCAGUAGAUCCGCACAAUAUCGGCAUUGUGGGACUGUACAAUGUGCAUGUGUCUAGCGCAGACAAUGCCAAAGCAUCAUCGAGCCGAGGUACGUUGCGGCGCAAAGUUCAACGCAAAAUACUCACACACCAUUUAUACUUUUGCAUGCGUGAUUUUGGCCAUCGUAUCGGUGGCGAUGAUGCCGAGGUAUAUUUCUACCUCUACGAUGCCAAUCCGAUGCGCAUGCGUGCGCUGUCUGAGCGAUUUUUGGUAAAAAUCUCGAAAGACGGUUUCUCAAAUUACAUAGAAAAAUUGCAUAGCAAUUGUACGGUGUUCACAGAUUUGGGUGCUGUCGAUCUAAAUGAAGAUCUACAUUUAGUGGCUGUGGUAAUGCGUGUGGGCAAAAUUAUUCCUUCGGAAACUGGCAAAAAAGUCGAAAAGAAUAAUAGCCUCUGUUGCGCGGGUCCAACCUAUCGCAGACCGUUUGGCGUGGGCGUAUUGCCGCUAAACGAUAUAACACACUAUGACAGCUCUAUUGAGUCGGAGGAGAAAGAGUAUAACUUUAAGAUUUACCAAUGCGAAGAGAAAGACUUCCAUCAACUGCACGAAUUAAUCAUUAAGAAAUCAACUGGCAAAUUCUCGCCAAUAACCUCAGGGAAUCAAAAUACACAGGGUAUCGUAGUUUCGCUGAAGCUCUUGCACGGCGGACUUGGGCAGGCGCGUCAAGAGCAACCGCUACUCUUUCAAGGCACGACUAUCACACGCAAAAUGGGCUUUCCCGAUGUCAUCAUGCCCGGCGACGUACGCAACGAUCUCUUUAUCACGCUGGAACGCGCCGAGUUCGAGCGUGGCGGCAAGAAUACCGCAAAAAAUAUACUAACUACUGUGGUUGUGCUCGAUACAGCUGGCAAUAUUUUAACGGAAUGUUUGUGGGGCGCAUCGGGCAUGGACUCGCAGAGCUACUACAAAUCCAUGAUUUUAUAUCACCAAAACUCACCCUGUUGGAAUGAAAUGCUACGUCUAAGUGUGCCCAUCGAUAAGUUCUCCACCGCGCACGUGCGUUUCGAAUUCCGUCAUUGUUCGACGCGCGACAAAUCGGAUCCGAAACUCUUCGGUUUCAGCUUUGCGCGUCUUAUGGAUCCCAGUGGUGCGACACUCACCGAUGGUCAGCACGAGUUAUACGUCUACAAAUGUGAGGAUUUAGCUAAAUUGCAUGCUGGUAAUUAUCUGAAAUUGCCAAGCAAACCGAAGGAUCCACACGCCAAAGUGGAUUGCAGCUCCAUCUUCCAUCGUAGUUCGAAGGAAGUGUUUGUCGUUAAGUCACUGUUAUGUUCAACGAAACUUACGCAGAACGCCGAUCUGCUGUCCCUACUCCAAUGGCGCACCAAUCCCGAAACAAUUCAAGAUUCACUAACAGGUGUGUUGCGUUUGAACGACGAGGAGCUGGUUAAAUUCCUACAAGAUGUGCUCGAUGCACUAUUCGCCAUGUUCUCCAAUGAGGAGGGUAACAGCACUGAGCAUUCGGGUCUGGUCUUUCAUGUGCUCGUCAGCAUUUUUAGCGUGUUGCAAAGCAACAAAUUCCAACAUUUUCGCCCCGUUAUGAACGCUUACAUCGAGAAUCAUUUCGCUGCCGCGCUCGUUUAUAAGGGACUGAUUACAUCGGUUGAGCAUAUGGCUGUGUUCAUGACCAAGGCCGAACAUCCCGAUCCAUUUCAGAAAUGCUUUAGUUCGUUGGAAUAUAUCUUCAAAUUGCUUAUACAGUCACGCAAGUUAUUUGCACGAGCUACCGGUGGUCAAUACGAGGACUCAUUCCGCAGAGAUUUGCAUUCACUCUUUACAGCGCUUAACGGUAUGUUGGCAGUGCCGUCCUACGAUGUGAUCAUACCAACACAAGAGGCGCUGCUAAACUCCACCGGUGUGGUGUUGGAACAGUUGAAAGACACAUUGCCGGCGCCGGAGUUGGGUAUGUUGGCGCGCAAUAUGCUGGACGCCAUACCCAGGGAUGCACCCGUGCGUCUGAUACAGGCGAAACUGAAUGCCGUUAAGGAUCUGGUAUCUGGCGAGCUAUUUCACGAAGAUGAUUCACGCACUGUAGUCCUCUCGGUUGCCUGCAAACACCUGCGCAUGCAUCUGGGUCGGCGUGAUGAGCUACGCCUGUGCGCCGAAAUCAUAUCUGAAAUUCUCAAUCACCUCUAUGACUUGCAACGUCAGCAACGCGAAAAGGUCACCAACACUUUGCAACAUGAUCUGGAUUCGUUGUGUAAAAACAUUCUUGGCAUACUCAUAAAGACCAUAAGCAUAAUGAUGGAAGGUGCCAACACUGUGCUGCCACAAUUGGUCGCUUGCCUGCUGGGUUUACUGCAGCUACUGGAUGAGACACAUUACAAACACUACUGGGACGAAUUGAGUCCCAACAAGGAUCCACGUGAUUUGAAAGAUUUCCUCAGCAAGUCUCUACUAGUAUUCGAGGAGUUGCUCUCGCAGGAUUGGCAAGUCUUCCCGAUGGAUUGGUUGAUCAUGAAAUUGGCUUGCAAUGAUGUGUUGCGCAAAGCCUUGGAGGAGUUCGCCAAACCAUUAGUCUAUCGUUUUCUCGGUCCGCAAUCGUUUGACUCGCCACUUUGGUGGUCCUACUUUAGUCUGGCUGUAACAUUUCUGACACAGCCCUCACUGCAAUUGGAAAAAUAUCGCGAACCAAAACGCCGAAAGAUUUUGAAUACUCAUGGUGAUAUGCGUGUUCUAAUGGGUUUCCAGAUACUAAGCAUGUGGUCACAGUUGGGCGAACAGAAAUUACAUUUUAUACCGUCUAUGGUUGGGCCGUUCUUAGAGGUGACGCUCGUGCCAGAGCAGGCGCUGAGAAAGGCGACCCUCACGGUGUUCUACGACAUGAUGCAGUGCGAACAAAGCGCACGCGGCUCCUUCCGCUUAGUGGAGAGUGAACUUAUCGAUAAGUUGGAUUUGCUAAUCAGUGAAAAUAAGGGCGAUGAUGAGUAUCGUGAACUGUUCAGCACAAUGGAGCAUCUAAGCUUGGUCUUACUUGAGAAAGUACAAUCGGAGAAUCCCAAUUGGAAAGAUUCGGGUAUUGCAUUCAUAGCGUCUGUGACUCGUUUAUUGGAACGCCUGUUGGAUUAUCGCAGCGUUAUGCAGGGCGAGGAGAAUCGUGACAAGCGUAUGUCCUGUACGGUGAACUUAUUGAAUUUCUAUAAAAAUGAGAUCAAUCGCAAGGAGAUGUAUUUAAGAUAUAUCUACAAACUGCACGAUUUGCACUUGCAAGCCGAAAACUAUACCGAGGCCGGCUACACGCUCAAACUCUAUGCUAACAUGCUUAGUUGGGAUCGUGAAUCACUGUGCUUUGCGCCAUGCGAUAACACUGGCCAGCCAGAGUGGCAGCGCAAAGAGCGACUUUAUCAUGAGAUUUUAAAAUAUUUCGACAAGGGCAAAUGUUGGGAGAAGGGUAUACCGUUAUGCAAAGAAUUGGCUGUGCUCUACGAAACACGUCGCUUCGACUAUAAUAAGCUCAGUGAGAUACUUAUAUUGGAGGCGAAAUUCUUUCAAAAUAUUUUGACACAAUUGCGGCCGGAGCCGGAGUAUUUCCGCGUUGGUUUCUAUGGUCUGGGUUUUCCGCUAUUUGUGCGGAACAAACAGUUUGUCUAUCGCGGUUUGGAGUACGAACGAAUUGGCGCUUUCACACAACGCCUGCAAACCGAAUUUCCUACAGCACAGAUUUUGACCAACAACAGUCCACCGGACAACUCGAUACUCACUGCACCGGAACAAUAUAUACAGAUUAGUAAUGUACGACCAGUUGGUGAUGCGCAGGCGUUGAAGACGGCAAUGGUGCCGGUGCCUGAGAAAAUUGCUAGAUUCUAUGAGGUCAACGACGUAACGCGCUUCAUCUAUGAUCGCCCCAUCUACAAGGGUCCAAUUGAUAAGGAUAACGAAUUCAAAUCACUAUGGAUUGAACGCACAAAACUCGAAAUAUCGAAUCCACUGCCGGGCAUAUUACGUUGGUUCGAGGUGAAACACAAGACAGUACAUGAGAUCACACCCGUGGAAUUCGCCUGCGAGACCAUGAAUAAUGUCGGCAAAGAAUUGUGGGAUCUGAUUGUACAGUAUCGCAGCGAACCGAAACGCAAUAUCAAUCCAUUCUCCAUGCGUUUGCAGGGCAUAAUAGAUGCCAAUGUAAUGGGCGGUAUAAGUAAAUAUCAAGAGGCAUUCUUCGCCGAGCAAUUCCUGAAAUCGCCACAAGGCCAUGGGCAACAAGCAAAUGUUCAGAAAUUGAAAGCGCUUAUAUUGGAGCAAAUACAAGUGCUGGAGCAAGCUUUGGAAUUGCACGGCACACUGGCACCACAAGGCGUACAACCGCUGCACAAUCGUCUGCUCGAACGCUUCUCACAGCUCAAGCAAAGUCUAUCGGGACUAGGUCGUUUGAAGCGUCAACAUUCGGAGAGCAUAGUGAAUACACCACUGCCACCACUACCUACGGAAAAUCGCACUAUGAGCCUGGGUAAUCCCAACACAAAUGCUGGAUCCUCGAAUUAUUAUGGUGUGUACGAGCAUGAUGACAUUUAUACCCGACCCGGUGACACGCUGCGUCCAGUUGAAACGGCAAAUGCAAUGCUUAUAAAUAAUUCAUAUCAAAUGCUGAGCAAUGAGAGCAUGAACACAGCGGAGAUUACGCGUGACAAAGUGCCACCUGUGCCGAAUCGUCCGCGUUCGCAGAACUUUAUGGGUAGCACGGACGGGCCAGAGGUGCCGCCCAAACGUAAUCCCAAUCAGUUGGGUUCACCAAGCGCGCCACCACUACCACCGCGUGGCAUAACACCCGACAAACGCGCCUCCAAUCCGAUUGCAAUAAAUGAUUUCACGAGCAGCCAAUACCCAUCGCCUGGCACCAUGCCACGACGUCCAUUAUCCGCACACCAUCAACAGCAGCAGCAACAACAACAGCAUGAGCACGGUCAAAAAUAUGCUGUGGUAGAUAUAAGUUUCGACGAUCCCGAGGCGGAUCAACCACCACAUUCGCUAACGAGCGUCGGUGAGACGCAACAGUUGAAUGUGGUCGGCUAUGGUCCAAAUGAUUUUCGCGAUUCCGGCAUCUCAACGACAAGUUCACACGAGUUGAAUAACUUGAAUAACCUAAGCGAAGAGUCAUCCAGCAAUUCGUUGAGCACCGUGCAUCACCGCGACCACUGUCGCAUGGCAUCGAAUGGCAGUCUCGAUAGCGCCUACACCAUCAACACACCACUCAAUAUAAAUCAACGUGAACACUCCGCGAAUUCCUUCGAUAUCGAAGAUUUACCAAUGCCGCUGCCACCACCCAUACCACCUAAAUCAUUGAAUAUUGUCGCCAACACAACGGAUUCCUCGUCGCUCGAAGAUCAGCACUCGCCAAUACCCAAAGCAAGUCAAAAUCAAAAUCAAAAUCAAAAUCAUACCACAAUCAACAAUCAUGCACACUCACAUCUACCAACGCAUCCACAUCAUUUGCAACAACAAAAUUGCAAUCAUAAUCAUAGCAAUACGAAUCGCCAAACGAACGGCAUCAAUACGCACAACGAUAGUUAUACGACACCUAAAACGCACGACGGCGGUGCCGAGAAUGCUAACGCCGCCAAAGAAACCCAUAAUGAUGGCGGCACUUUUUGA